CUUCUCUCUCUCUUUCGCUCUCCAUUUCUGACUUCGCCGGAAGACGAUUUCUUCUUCGCCGGCGCCGGACUGCGUUUCGUCAUCUUCAUUGAAGCAAAUAACCGCUUCAUCUUCAUUGAAUGAAGAUAGAGAAAACGAGAAGGAAAUAAAUUCAGCAUCCUUCCGUACAUGUGCUUCGGAUCGUUCUCUAGCGGAGAGAGAUUAGAAAAGUAGAAGAUCCGUAACUAUAAAGAGAAAUGGAUAUUACAGAGGUUACGAUUUUGCAUCAUGUUGGACUUGUUCUUGUUCUACUCUGGUUGUUGACUUUGUUCAACUGUAGCAACUCAAUUGCCUACUUCGUCUCUUUCGUCUAUCUAUAUCUGGUUCAUGAUCGUUACUUUAUGAGAUUGAAGAAGAAGUUGCAAUUCGAAGAACGGAGACAGAAUAAUCAAAGAAGAGUACUCUGUGAAUCCGAAUCUGUUCGAUGGUUGAAUCAGGCAGUUGAAAAGAUUUGGCCAGUUUGUAUGGAGCAGAUUGUGUCACAGAAGAUUCUUUUACCUAUAAUACCUUGGUUCUUGCAGAAAUACAAACCAUGGACUGCGAGAGAAGCUGUAGUCCAGUCGCUCUAUAUGGGAAGAUCACCACCGGUGUUCACAGAUAUGAGGGUUGUUAGUCAAUCAACCGGUGAUGACCACUUGGUAUUAGAGUUGGGGAUGAAUUUUCUGACUGCUGAUGAUAUGAGUGCAAUCCUCGCUGUGAAAUUGAGGAAAAGAUUGGGAUUUGGAAUGGUGACAAAGUUGCAUUUGACAGGAAUGCAUGUUGAAGGCAAAGUAUUGAUAGGGGUUAAGUUUCUACGACAUUGGCCAUUUCUAGGCCGUUUGCGGCUGUGCUUUGCUGAACCUCCAUAUUUUCAGAUGACCGUAAAACCAGUUUUCUCUCAUGGACUUGAUGUUACGGAACUUCCAGGCAUUGCUGGAUGGCUGGACAAUCUUCUGGCCCUUGCAUUUGAGCAGACACUAGUUGAGCCUAAUAUGCUGGUAGUUGACAUGAAGAAAUUCGUUUCUCCAGACCAAGCGGAACCUUGGUUUUCUGUGGAUGAGAAGGAGCCCGUGGCUUAUGCCUUGGUGGAAGUUGUUGAAGCAGCAGAUAUGAAGCCAUCAGAUUUAAAUGGAUUGGCUGAUCCAUACGUGAAAGGGACACUCGGUCAAUACAGAUUCAGGACUAAAACACAAAAGAAAACAUUAUCUCCAAAGUGGCACGAGGAAUUUAAGGUCCCCAUAUGUACAUGGGAGUCUCCAAAUACCUUGUCCAUUGAAGUUCGAGAUAAAGAUCAUUUCGUUGAUGAUACCCUUGGUGACUGUUCUGUAAACAUUACAGAAUUUAGGGGUGGCGAAAGAAAUGACAUGUGGUUGCCUCUUCAGAACAUCAAAAUAGGGAGAUUGCGUCUUGCUAUUACAGUCAUCGAGAACCAGAACAAGGUAACAGACCCUAUAUUUGAAGAUGAAACCUUAAACAAGGAUUCAAGAAGUAAUUCAUUCACAGAUUCAAGUCGUCAGCCAACACAAAGAGGUUCAUUUUCAUCUAAUAAACCAUCCAACAAUUCCUCAAGAAUUCCCGAUAAAUUCGAACCCAUUGAUAUCAACAACGGCCAAGGUGGCAGUGAAGAGACAGGAGUAUUUAUUCAUCAGCCGGGAAGCGAAGUUUCCCAAACAUGGGAGCCUCGAAAAGGUAGAAGGAGCGGUCGUCUGGACCCACAAAACCGGGUCGAAGGUAGCGAAAUGGGUAGUUUCAAAUCCGGAUCGACCGGUGAAAGUAACAAAGGACAUUAUUCAAAGAACAAGAUUAUGAGAGGUCUGGAGAAAAUCGGUGGAGUAUUAACUAAUAACCGGAGUAGUAAUAACAACACAAAGAAAGACGAGGAAGAAGCACCACAACCGCUUCCUUCCCCACACGUGAAUCUGAAAGCAGUUAACUUAAAACAGAUUAAAGUAAAGUUGGUGGUUGAUGAUGUUGAAGAUAGAAAUGUAAAGGAUAAUAAUAUGGUAAAGAGUAUUAUGAAACAUGCAGGGAGAUCUGCUCGAGGUUUUAAGAAUGCGAUAAUGUGGAAAAGCUCGAGAAUUAAUGGGGAGACGGGAUCAUCAACUAUAUCAACAGAUAGAGAUUUGUCUGUUGAUUCGGAUUCGAGUUCGAAUUCAGAGGAAGAACAUGAAAUGGAACAGGAUGGUUGUAUUAGACAUCAUGAAACAGGGGCCGAAUGUCCGAUAAAUAAUAAAGGCCAUAUUGGAAAUGAAGGAGCAUUGGAGAUUAAUUCUUAAAGAUCGAGGUACAUUUAUUGAAUUAAUCAUUCUCUAGUUUUUCUAUUUUGUUUUUGUUAUAGAAUUAGGUAUGGUAUGAUUAUGUAAUUUGUAACAUAUCAUAUAUGCUUUAAUGUGACAUAACAUAUGUAAUACAGUAAUACUCUCUU